AUGACAGAUGUUCCCUUGUUUAAAGUACCCAACACCAGAAGACAAAAUGAUCGGAGGCUACCCACAUUGGCUAUUCCACCCCCACAAAACAAUGCUAAACCAAUGCUACAAUUGAAUGCAGGAGAGUCUCAAGACUAUAAUGGUGAUGGGAAGUUUAGUCAAUUGAAUAUUGGUGGUGAUUCACAUUCAAAUUUACCACCACAGUUACCGCCACGGCCCAGGAGCCUGCAAACGGUGACGACAACAUUCAACAUGACCCCUUCCUCAUCUAAUUUGUCAUCAACUCCAAAUACCGCAGAUUCGUCACUGUCGUCAGACUCUCAGAAAUUGAGAAGAAAACCACCACCGCCAGUGUCUACCAGUACGACGCAACAUGGCAACGACGAUAAAAGGCGACUUCGCAAGACGCUGAAUGAUACUGCAGAACCACAAUCAGGAGAACAACCCGAGUCCAACAUUGAUAAGUACUUGCAGAACAAACAUUACCUUGAACAACUAACAUCCCAUGAGUGGCAUCUUUUUGCCAACAACGAUCUCAUCGAAGAGGUGGGUAAAUUGGGAGAGGGAAAUGGGGGAUCAGUUGCCAAAUGCCGCAUCCGCAAGCUACACAACUCACAAGUGUUUGCACUAAAGAUGAUAAUUGCAGACUCCAACCCUGAUGUCCAAAAACAGAUAUUUCGGGAGUUGGAUGUUGCUAAAAAGUGUCAACACCCAAAUAUCGUAAACUACUAUGGCACUUUUCUUUUGGAGAAACAAUCAAUGAUUGGUAUUGCUAUGGAGUAUAUGGAUGGUCAUUCCCUAGAUGCAAUAUACAAGGAAGUUGCCAAGCGCGAUCAAACCAACCGUAUCAGCGAGAAAGUCUUGGGUAAAGUUGCCAAUUCAGUAUUAUCCGGAUUGGACUAUUUACACCUGAAAAACAUUAUACACAGAGAUAUAAAGCCCUCAAAUGUUUUACUAGAUUCCAAGGGAAAUGUCAAACUAUGUGAUUUUGGAGUUAGUGGCGAGGCAGUCAAUUCAUUUGCAUCCACUUUUGUAGGUACACAAUACUAUAUGGCCCCAGAGCGUAUCAUGGGUAAAAGUUACUCAAUAUCGAGCGACAUUUGGUCGCUAGGCAUGUCGAUGUUGGAAGUUGCAAAUGGGAAAUUUCCAAUCGAUGUUUCCUUAGGACCAAUCGAGGUAGUUGAAAUGGUCCUGAGGAGUGAGUUGUCGUUGAAAGAUAGUGUGACUGAUAGUAUUUUCUGGACACCCGAAUUCAAGCGGUUUGUUGCCAGGUGCUUGAUUAAGGAUCCACUGAAGAGACCGAUACCGAGACAACUUUUGGCCCAAGAUGAAUGGUGCUUGGCACAACUGAGAGAAAAAGUGAAAAUGGAUAAGUUUGUUAAAGUUGUUUGGAAAUUAAAUGAAUAG